AUGACCAAAAGGGAGCGCUACGAGACCAACGUCGCGGCGCUGGGAGUGCGUGGAUACAGUUGCCAAGUGUUUAACGACCCCGAGACUGCGUGGGAGCUGCACACAGAGUCGCAUCUGAUACCGUGGCGUGGACAGAAAGACAGCGACUUGCUCGUGGAUCGCUUCGAUGCUCGGAAUCUACUGGACGAGCGGCGGCAGUUUCGUCAAUUGAAAAAGAGGAAGCGAAAAGGGUCUCGAGACGGGUGUUUGGACCCACGUAGAGGACCAAAUGUGGGUACACAAGACGAUCCAGUCGAGACGGAGCUAAGGGAGCUUCAUCGUCUGCGGUUUGGAGAGUACACAGAGGAAUUCCCGCCAGUGGAAGACGUGGUGGUGAACCAGUUCCCGUAUCAAUAUCCAGAAGAUGAAACAAGUGACCCGACUAGUGAUGAGGAAGCCUUUGAGCCGCUGUGGGUGGUACCUGGUCACCUCGUUGUGCCAAAGACCAGGAAGCUACAUGCUAUUGUAGAAGCUACAGCUACCAAAGUGCGAGAGCAUCCACAGCUGGAGGCCAUGCUGAAGGUCAAGCUAGGUGCGAACGCCAAGUUUCGUUUCUUGUCUGUUUCACAUGAGCUCUAUGGCUACUAUUGUUUCUUACGCGACGAGAAUCCUCAGCCUGUGCCAGCGAAGAAAACGAGUUUCGGGGUGUCGCUUUUAGGAGAGGAAUACGACGACGAUAGUGACGAAGAGAAGACGGAGAAGCACCAGGAGGCUUGUGCAGACGAAAGUAGCUGA